UAAAUGCUUCACCAUAAUCACAACUGUAUUAAAAAUUCAAAAAGGUAAAUUUUUUGUGAAAAACUUAAUUGUUUAAUAUCUAUAAAAAGAAAAAAAAAACUUAUUCUCAAUUAACUUUUUAUUUCUCAUAACGAAAAAAUCCUUAAAUAAUAUUAAUCAAUUAUUAAUUAAAUUUUGUACAAUUUGACAGUUGUAACAUAAUAGAUGUUGUAAUAAGUUCUUUGUGUAAAAAUCUUAACAUAGUGACACGAAUGUUCCUAAUUUGGUUACCAAUAUUAACUUUUCUUUUAUUUAUUUAAACAUUCCAAAUAAAUAAUAGAAAUAUUAUGUCUUUAAAAGAGAAAAUAAUAGAAAUAUUUGAUCGAGUUAAUUACAAUUUGACAUUUGUAUUUUUGAGAGAAAAUAAAAUCUUAACGACUAGAACUAAUUUUCGCCUCAAACUAAGGAACGGUGAAAAGAAAAGCAGAAGCCGAAUCAAAGUCAAAAUCGUCAGUCACUCACUCAUAGUUGUUGAGCUCCACGGCUCCACCCAUAUAUUACUAGCUCAUCCUGACUAGUCUUCUCCGGCGACCCAAUACCCAAUUGCCCUAUUUGCUCACAAAACCCGACCCUUUCCGCUGCUGGUUCCGUUCCUGCCUCAAUGGUUCUAUAAUGACCGUAACUCGUUCCCGGCGGACUCAUUCCACUGAACGUCACGAACCCACCAACCCCAAAACCAGUUCUGGCGGCGGCGGUGGCGGAGGGACCGCCAUGAGAGUUAUAGUUCCUCUUCAGGGUGUGGUUCAAGGUAGAGGUGGCCUUGUUCUUGGCUCGCUUAUUCCUUGUGCUCUUUACUAUUUCUUGCAACUCUACCUCAAACAAAGACGUCGUCCUGACCCACCUCCUCCGUCUUCUUCUUCGUCGUCUUCGGAGGGUCGGUUGUCUCCUGGGUCUUCUCCGUCGACGUCGAUGGGGCAAUUGGCCGAAUUUCCUUUCUUGCCACGGACCUUUUCUCGGUCCCUGCUCUCCCCCAGGGGUUACGGAGGACCGGUUCACGUAUCGGGCCGAGCCAAUUCCAUUUCCAAAAGCGGUGAUUCACCCUACUAUGUUGGGUCGAGGAAGGUCUCGGAUGAUCCGUAUGACGGGUUGGAUAAUCCGGGUGGUGUUAUUCAGCUUGGUUUGGCAGAAAACAAGUUAUCAUUGGACUUGGUUCAAGAUUGGCUUGUGGAGAACGCAAGGGAAGCUAUAUUGGGUCAUGGAAGAGGAAGUGUUUCUGAGCUGAGUAUUAGCAGGAUUGCAAGUUAUCAACCUUUUGAUGGGUUAAUGGAUUUGAAAGUGGCUGUGGCAGGUUUCAUGACGCAAGUUAUGGGAAAUUCAGUUUCUUUCAACCCCUCUAAGAUAGUAUUGACAGCUGGUGCAUCCCCUGCAAUAGAAAUUCUAAGCUUUUGCUUAGCAGAUAGUGGAAAUGCAUUUCUUGUUCCAACACCAUGUUACCCAGGUUUAGACAGAGAUGUAAAAUGGCGAACUGGUGUAGAGAUAAUACCUGUUCCAUGCCGUAGUACAGACAACUUCAGCCUAAGCAUAACUGCUUUGGAAUUAGCAUUCAACCAGGCGAAAAAACGUGGUAUAAAAGUUCGGGGGAUUAUAAUUUCGAAUCCUUCAAAUCCUGUCGGCAGUCUUCUUAGCAGGGAAACACUUUACAGCCUGGUGGACUUUGCAAGAGAAAAGAACAUACAUAUAGUAUCAAAUGAAAUAUUUGCUGGUUCUACUUGUGGAAGUGCAGAGUUUAUAAGCAUGGCCGAAAUUGUUGAUUCAGAAGAUCUCGACCGUGACAGGGUUCAUGUAGUGUAUGGUCUAUCAAAAGAUCUCUCUCUUCCGGGUUUUAGAGUUGGUGUCAUCUACUCCCAUAAUGAGCAUAUCUUGACUGCUGCUAAGAAGUUGACUAGGUUCUCAUCCAUAUCGGCUCCAUCACAACAGUUGCUUAUAUCCAUGCUUUCGGAUGCAAAAUUUGUUCAGAAGUUUGUGAAGAUCAACAGAGAGAGGCUGAGAAGAAUGUACCAUAACUUUGCUGCAGGGUUGGAACAAGUGGGUAUUGAAUGCACUAAGAGCAGUGGAGGUUUCUACUGUUGGGCCGAUAUGAGUAGGUUAAUCUCUUCAUACAGUGAGAAAGGUGAGCUUGAGCUCUGGGAAAGGCUGUUGAGUGUAGCUAAGGUCAAUGUAACUCCUGGAUCUUCUUGUCAUUGUAUUGAGCCUGGAUGGUUUCGUUUCUGUUUCACUACCUUGACCGAAGAAGAUAUUCCUGUUGUCAUGAAACGAAUUCGUAAAAUAUCUGGGAUCUGUAAAUCUCAUAGUUAAAAAUUUUUGUUGGUUCAUUGUGUACAUGGUUAGGGUGAUUAUAAAUUCUUUUGAAGAAA